UGAAAAGCCACCAUGAGCCCCUACUCGCUUUUACCCGUCACUCUCCAAGAUGGACCGGGGGUCGCAAGUGUCCAGCACAACGGGUUCGCGGACGACGGCUUCACCCUUGCCUCAUUCCCCAAUGUCCCUCUCAGGAUCAAGGUGAAGGAUUCCAUAGAGCGGUGGCCAGCCAACUUCUUUGCCCCCGGCAGCAUUUACCUCAAGACUGUAGACAUCGACAGUCAGGAGAUCGUUGGUUAUUCCAAAUGGCAACUAGAUCCCCAGCUAGCUGAGUCGGUGAAGGAUCGCUUCGGUAGCAAAGAAGUCCCCGCUCCAGAAACGAAGCUGGAAAGACGGGAUCCGGUCGGAUUGAAUGAUGAUCUUGCCGAAACCAUGACCGAGAAAGUCCUCACAGUCCGCAAUGCAGUUCUUGGAGAACGUCCCCACAUGUUGCUGUCACUGAUCAGUACCAUACCCUCCCACCGUCGCCGGGGUGUUGCUUCCCAGCAUCUAGCAUGGGGUACCAAACUAGCAGAUGAAUACCACCUACCGAUUUGGCUGGAUGCGAGCCCAGCAUCAGUUUCUUUGUACAAGAAGUACGGGUUUAUGGCUGUCGGUACGGUUGAGUCGGAUCUAAGUUUCGGAUCCAACGGUGCCGCCAGCGGUUCUUACAUCCAUACCUCGAUGUUGCGCGAGCCGAGUCACUUGAAAUUAUCCGAGUAGGCCAGUAGAUCUCUAGACUAGCUUAGCUUAUUACUAUUUUACCUUUUGGAAAACGGAUGAUGCAC